AUGAACAAAUUUUUAUUUUUGCUUUUCGGAAUUGCAACUUGUAGGUUAGAACUUAUAGGGCCUGAGAGCCUUCUCCAAAAUUAUCCUAAUAUUAUAGUUCCAGCAACCACUGCCAAUUUUGGCAAUCCUCAUAUCAAGGACACAUUUAAAGGAUUCGUUGCAUUUCUGCCACAGUAUGAAAAUCCAUGCUCUGGUUUGAAUUCUAGGUUUAACUCGAGCAUAGUAGUGUUUGUAAAUAAUGAAGACUGUGACUAUGCAUUGGCUACCUAUAAUAUCCAACAAACUGGCGCUGGAGGUGUCAUUUUUGAAAGCAAUAAAAACGAUAAUGAGGUAGAAUGCGAUUUUAUUUCACUACCCCCCGAUUGGGAUAAGAAUAUUGAUAUUUUUGCUGUAAUAAUUUCAAAAGCUAAUGGCAAUAUUUGGAAAAGCUAUAAGGAUUAUGAAAUUAUUGUUAAAUUUAAUACAGAGAUAUCAGUUUCAAAUAAGCUAGACAUUGACAUUCGGCUUACCGGUGACCAUAACAUCGAUGCUCAUUUUAUUUCAGAAAUUUACAAGUACAUGAUUCCUUUGCCUAUUCACCAAGCCAACAUUAGAGUGUUUUUUAAUUAUUUUACCUGUCAAAAUUGUAGCCCAGAAAAUUGCUAUGGAAAUGGAAAAUACUGUCUAGCUCUCCCCUCUCCGUGACUGAACAAAAAAUUGUUUUCGCUCACAGAGGGGGUAAACUUUUUUUAAAAAACAUUAAUAGUAAUUUUAUAGUAAAUUGUUUUUCAAAAUUUAAAAAAAUCCCAAUUCGAAAUACUUUUAGCAAAAUUAAUUUAAUUUGUAAAAUUUCAUUUUAAAAAUGCAAGCUGUUUUAGGUAAACAGAAUUAGUUAGAGAUUUCAUUAUAACAAGCAUCACUUAUAUAUCAAAAAAUAUUUUUUUCAUAAAAAUUCUCAUAUUAAUGUUUUUGUUCACUCAUAGAGGAUUUGAUUUUUCCAAUGAUUUUAUUCGCUCACGGAGGUGGAGAGUAAGUGACUCUACACAUGUAAGCACAGGGAGAAAUAUGAUUAAUCAAACAGUUUUUGAGCUAAUUUUAUUUAAUUAUGUCAUGAAGAAAAAAAUUUAUUGGGGGGACUUUUUUGUAUAUUUAAAUGCAGUAGCAUCCAAUUGUAAGGCUGAUUACUCACUCCCCCCCCCCCUCCGUGAGCGAACAAAAAAAUUUUGUUCACUCACGGAGGGGGGUUAAUUUUUUUUUUAAAAAAAAUUUAUAUAUAAAUUUUAUAAAAAAUAUUUUUUUCGAAAUUUAAAAAAAUCCUAAUUUGCAAAAAUUGGGAAGCAAAUAUUAAUUUAAUUUGCAAAAUUUAUGUUCUAAAACGCAAUUUGUUUAAAAUUAAACAGAAUUAGCUCUAGAUUUCAUUAUACUAAUUAUCACUUAUAUAUCAAAAUUUUUUUCCAUUAAAAUUUUUUCUAUUAAAAAAAUUUUUGUUCACUCACGGAGGGUGGGUUUUUGGGUCAAAAAAUGGCGAUUUUUCUAAUGGUUUUGUUCGCUCACGGAGGGGGGGGGAGGAGUCAGAUAGUUGCAGCUCAUCUAUUUUGGAAUGGCUCGAUGCUAAUGCUGCAAAAAUAAGAUCGCUUGUUGACGAUUCAUGAAGAAAGGGCAAUCACCAAAGCAAUAAUAUGAUUGAUAGUGAGCUUAGUGGUUCAAGUACCCAUAAAUUCCAAUUUGCACCCUCUAUUAGUAUUAACUCUAUACAAUUUUUGGGAAACAUUUCAUAUUUCGGGGAUUUAUUCUGCGGAAGUUUCAAAUCCUCUCGGCCCUUAUCAUGCACCAACGCUUGCUCAUAUCUUUGUAAUUUAUCAGACAUAAAUAAUGGGAAAUGUGAUAAAAAAUGCAAUAUCGGCAUGUGUGCAAACGAUGCUGAGGAUUGCAGAGGCAACUCACCGCCUCUAGCCUGCACCCCAAAGAUGUUAAAGAACUCAGUUUGUGAUCCUUCCUGUAAUUAUACAGAAUUUGAUUAUGACAGAUGAUCUUGUGUCUGUAAAUGCGAUAAAUCCUUACUUACAAAUGGUAAAUGCGAUCCAGAGUGCAAUAAAGAGAUUUGUAAUUACGAUAAUGGCGAUUGUAAUAUAUCAAAAAAGUGCAAAUGCUCAGAUGAGCUUCUAUAUAACAAUGAAUGUGAUAAGAAGUGUGAUAAUCCUGAAUGUAAUUUUGAUAAUUGAGCCUGCCACGGUAAAGGUGAUCCCGGCAUUCCAAAUGGUCCUGUUGUUCCUGGUGGUCCUGGCAAUCAUGGUGAUCAUGGGGGCCCUCAUAAAAGAGAUAAUGACGAUUCAAGCAUUACUGCUUCUCAAAUUGCUUUAAUCGCUAGUAUAAUUGGAGGACUUAUUUUUCUUUGGUAAUUUUUAUUUAGCAUUAUUGGUAUUGCUAUACUCAUAAUUAUGUAUUGCAGAGCAUGCGAUCGCACACGUGAAGCCACCCAUCUAGAGGCUGGGCCAAGAGGCAAUCCAUUAACUCUUAAUGAAACUAUGAUCUUGCAGUCUGCUGCUCAUCAGCAGCAUGCGCAGCAUCUGCCCUCGAGGAUAAAUCUUCAGCAAGAAAUUGAUAAUCAAAAUCCAGAAAUAAUCAACAGCGAUGAAAAUAUUAUUGAGGAUUCUGAGCCUUGUAAUAGCAUUGAUUCGAAAGAUAAAGAAGGAUCAGUUGUCGAGCACGGUCAGGGCUUUGAUUUUUAUGGAGAGCCUAUGUGUACGAUUUGCUUGGAAAAAGUUACCCAGAGCAGAAAAGAAAUCACAGUGUGCUAUCAUAUAUUUCAUAAAGAUUGUUUGAAUGAUUGAACAAAGAAAAAAUCCAAGCAUGCGCUGUGUCCUAAUUGCUAUGCCAUAAUUACUUAA